AGAGAACUCUAUGAUCUCAAGGCACUUCCGCUUCCGCCCCCAGCGGACUCGGUUGGAGAGGAGUUUUCCGCUGGUGCACAUUAAAGAUCCACAACCAUGACUGACUUCAAGUACUUCACAACCAAUAAAAAAGGAGAAGUCUUUGAAUUAAAGGCUGAACUCAACAGUGAAAAGAAAGAAAAGAAGAAGGAGGCUGUGAAGAAAGUGAUUGCUGCUAUGACUGUGGGGAAAGAUGUGAGCUGUCUCUUUCCAAAUGUAGUGAAUUGUAUGCAGACUGACAACCUGGGACUAAAGAAGCUCGUGUAUCUCUACUUGAUGAACUAUGCCAAGAGUCAGCCAGACAUGGCCAUCAUGGCUGUCAACAGCUUUGUGAAGGUGGUGGCUAAUGCUGUAGCAGCAUUAUCUGAAAUCAGUGAAUCUCACCCAAACAGCAACUUACUCGAUCUGAAUCCACAGAACAUUAAUAAGCUACUGACAGCCCUGAAUGAGUGUACCGAACGGGGCCAGAUUUUCAUUCUGGACUGCCUGUCUAAUUACAACCCUAAAGAUGACCAGGAGGCUCAGAGGUCAGGGCCUCUCAUUGCUGUGGCCUCUCCCGUUGCGGAGCACAGGCUCCGGACACGCAGGCUCAGCGGCCAUGGCUCACGGACCCAGCCGCUCCGCGGCAUGUGGGAUCUUCCCAGACCAGGGCACAAACCCGUGUCCCCUGCAUCGGUAGGCGGACUCUCAACCACUGCGCCACCAGGGAAACCCUGGCUCUUCAUUUUAAUUAUGGUAGAUAGGAACCUUCCUUGCCCGGCUAAAGCUCGAGCUACUAUAAUUAUCUGUGAGCGGGUAACUCCUUGGCUAUCUCACGCCAACUCAGCAGUGGUGCUUUCAGCAGUAAAAGUCCUAAUGAAAUUUCUAGAGUUGUUACCCAAGGACUCCGACUACUACAAUAUGCUGCUGAAGAAGUUGGCCCUUCCACUUGUCACUUUGCUGUCUGGGGAGCCAGAGGUGCAGUACGUCGCCCUGAGGAACAUCAACCUGAUCAUCCAGAAAAGGCCUGAAAUCUUGAAGCAGAUCAAAGUUUUCUUUGUGACGUACAAUGAUCCCAUCUAUGUGAAACUAGAGAAAUUGGACAUCAUGCUUCGUUUGGCAUCCCAAGCCAACAUUGCUCAGGUUCUGGCAGAACUGAAGGAAUAUGCCACAGAGGUGGAUGUCGACUUUGUGCGCACACUUUUGCGGGCCAUUGGACGGUGUGCCAUCAAGGUGGAGAUAUGAAAGUAUCAUUGCCACUUUGUGUGAGAACUUAGACUCACUGGAUGAGCCAGACACUCCAGCAGCUAUGAUUUGGAUUGUGGGAGAAUAUGCUGAAAGAAUUGACAAUGCAGAUGAGUUACUAGAGAGGUUCCUGGAAGGUUUUCAUGAUGAAAGCACCCAGGUACAGCUCACUCUGCUUACUGCCAUAGUGAAGCUGUUUCUCAGGAAACCAUCAGAAACGCAGGAGCUGGUACAGCAGGUCUUGAGUUUGGCAGCACAGGCCCUGGAGCCUCUCUCCUUUGUAUGAAAGAAAGAGCUCUGGGGGGUGCUGGGAAGAUGGCGGAAGAGUAAGACGCGGAGAUUGACUUCCUCCCCACAGAUACACCAGAAAUGCAUCUACACGUGGAGCAACUCCUACAGAACACCUACUGAAUGCUGGCAGAAGACCUCAGUCCUCCCAAAAGGCACGAAACUCCCCACGUACCUGGGUCUGGCUGCCUGCAGUAAAGGCUAAGGGCCUGGAGAUUCUGGGAAUAUUUACUCACCGCCAAGGGCACAUCUAUAUGGAAAUGAACUUCACCAACAAAGCUCUGCAGCACAUGACAGACUUUGCAUUCAGUUUAACAAGAAUAGCUUUGGUGUCAUCCCCAGCACUCCUCUGGACAUCCAUACACCACUGAUGCCAAACCAGAGCAUUGAUGUCUCCCUGCCUCUCAACACCUUGGGCCCAGUCAUGAAGAUGGAGCCUCUGAACAACCUGCAGGUUAGACUUUUACUUCACUCAGGGGGUACAGGUUUAUGUCUUGCCAAUGUUAUCUGUAAAGCAACCCCUCUCUUUCUUAUAUUAGAUUUGGUCAUGGAAUAGGGUUUGAAAUAAAUCUGUGGAGAAGACUUUUAUUUUUCAUUAAAAAUACACACAGAAGUCACGCCUUGACACAAAGUUACUUUCUUUUUACUCAACAAACAAACGUUUCAAGGUGUUAUGUGCAAACUUUUUUUUUUCCUAAGACUUUCAUAGGGAAUUUGAAUGUCACAAGAAUAGAUUUCAGUAGAGCUGUGUGGAGGUCAUCUUUGAAUACACAGCCAUAAGUAGUUGAGUUUUCUGGAUUUAAAUAUGAUAAGUGUGUGGUAAGUGUAGCGGCAUCUUAGAGGAGCUCAGAACUUUAUGAAGUUUAUAAGAGCCUCUCCAUCUUGAAAAUAUUGACUUUUUAGAAUGCUUAAGGUCCUAGCUUAGAGUAUCAUUUCGUUUUCACCACUUUGAAUUUCUCUUUGAAAUAUAAGCCUUCUGGGGUUUGAGCAACAUGAAGGCAGAGUAGUAAGCAUGUAAGCUGAAGCUGUAGCAACCCUCAAGGGAUAAAAUACAGAUAUAAGCCCAAGAAGUUGAGGGUUUUAAUGCUCACAAGGACAGAAGAGACCACCUUGGGCUGACCUGAGAUGGGGAAUUGUAACUGAUCCCUGCACAAAGCUGAGAGCCUGGAAGGGCAAGUCCCUCAAUGAAAGGGGAACUAGAAAAAGAUUUCCACAGGGGCAAGUGAUGAGAGAGUUCUCUUUGACCUGGGUUCUGGGCGACCUCUUGUGAGAAAUCCAGGGCCCGAAUUUAUACUGUGUACAUGAAGAAUUCUCCAAACCAGUAAAUUAAUGUAAAAUUGGACCAGAACUGGUGAAACCCAGGGUAACUGGCGGAAGCAAAUGCAGAACGGCCUUUAUGCAAUGGUUUUGAACUUUAAGGCCAUCAGGACUCCCAUCUGAGAAGAAAGUCUCUACUGAAAGUCAGCUCACAAUUUAACCAAAAAAAAAAAACAA